UCUCCUCCCUGAAGGUGUCAACCUGCUCGCGUUCUAUCCUAACGUGGUUCGCCAGAGUGAUCACGCACGAUCGGAAGCACGCACACACACACCCCCGCGGCUCUUCCGAUCGCCCUCUCGUCCGCUCUUUCUCCUCGUUUUUUUCCCCCGCGACUCAACGACGAGCUGUUGUGAAACGGAGCACUCAGUGAAAAACUCGAGGGUCCCCAUCUUCUGGACGCGGGCAGGGAAAACCACACGUUCGAGCCUGGCACGUGACACGUUUCAGCUGGCGACGACUAUCAUGCUGACCGGGAUCUUCGAGGGCAACAAUGAGGAAGCUGAAUCGACGUAACGCUCUACGCCAGGAUGGCCGGUUGGCCGUUCAGCACCGCGCUGUUGUUCAGCAUCCUCAUCCUUGUUCGCGGACGAGGAGUGGUGCUGGACAGCCAAGGGCCGGUGCUGGUCUCGGAGCCGCGCUCGAGCGUGGAGUUCUCGAACGACACCGGGGCGAUGAUCCACUGCUCGGCCCACGGCAGUCCCUCGCCGAGGAUCGACUGGCUGAUGGGCGACGGCUCGCCGGUCCUGCCGAUACCGAACAUCCGUGAGAUGCUGGUGAAUGGCUCCAUGUACUUCCUGCCGUUCGGCGCGGAGAGCUACCGGCACGACGUGCACUCGGCCGUCUAUCGUUGCCAGGCGUCGAAUAGCGUCGGCAAGGUGCUCGGCCGUGAAAUCACGGUGAAGGCCGUGGUACGCCAGAAGUACGAGGUACAAGUGCGGGACGCCUACGUCCUGGCGGGUAACACAGGGGUGCUCAGGUGCGAGAUACCGGCCUUCGUCAAGGAAUACGUCGCGGUCACAUCCUGGCUGAAGGAUUCGGCUUUCAACAUUUACCCGUCCGCGGAGAGCGGCGAGAAGCACCACAUGCUGCCCACCGGAGAACUGCUCAUCUUCUCGGUGACACCCGCCGAUGCUCACUCGACCUACCGGUGCCGCACGGUGCAUCACGUCACCGGUGACACCGUGGAAAGUUCCUCGUACGCCAGGCUCGUGGUUACCGAGCACCGCAACUCGUCGCCGCCGCGAUUCAACGAGCGGGUGAAUCCCGGGCCGAUCCGCACCGGCGAGACGAUCGUGCUGUCGUGCAUCUCGCAGGGUAACCCGCCGCCGACGUACCUCUGGUUCCGCGAGUCCGUGUCGGGCACGACGAUGGUCUUCAACUCGGAGAGGAUACACGCGCGCGCCGGCGUCCUGGUAUUGCAGCCGGCCCGGGUCGAGGACGCCGGCAGAUAUGUCUGCCACGCGAACAAUACCGCCGGUUCCGAGCGAGUCGAGCUGGAAGUCACCAUCAUAAGCAGCCUCUCCAUCCAUCUGGCGCCUCAACAGGUGACCGUAGACCUGGGGAAGGACGCGGAAUUUCAGUGCUCCGUCACCGGUCAGCCACAUCCGGUGAUCUCAUGGGCGAAGGACGGUCUUCCUGUGCGUGAGGGAUCAUCGGGUAGGAGCAAAGUCACGGGUAACGACGGCUCGACGUUGCGUAUAUCUUCUAUCGUGAGAGACGACAAAGGGAUGUACCAGUGCUUCGCCAAAAAUGACUACGAAAUGGUGCAGGCCACGGCCGAAUUACGUUUGGGAGACGCUGCGCCGCAACUUCUGUACAAGUUCAUCGAGCAGACGAUGCAACCGGGUCCCUCGGUGUCGCUCAAGUGCAUCGCGAUGGGCAACCCUACGCCGCACUUCUCCUGGACACUGGAUGGGUUUCCUCUUCCGCAAAACGACAGAUUCAUGAUAGGCCAAUACGUGACGGUGCACGGCGACGUGAUAUCCCACGUGAACAUAAGUGCCGUGAGGGUGGAGGACGGCGGCGAGUACAGGUGCUCGGCGGUGAACCGCGUCGCAAAGGCGCAUCACGCCGCCCGGCUCAAUAUUUACGGGCUGCCUCAUGUGCGAACGAUGGGAAACUACGCCGCCGUGGCCGGCGAGACGACCGUCAUCAAGUGUCCCGUUGCAGGCUUCCCGAUCGCCAGCAUCACCUGGGAGAAAGAUGGCCAAAUAUUACCGACCAGCCGACGUCAGGAGGUGUCUGCGAACGGCACGCUGGUGCUCCAUCGAGUCGACAGCAGCACCGAUCGCGGCGCAUACACUUGCACCGCGAAGAACAAGCAAGGUCGCUCUGAUUCGCAGACCAUUCACAUAGAAGUCAAAGUUCCGCCCACGAUAGCUCCCUUUAGCUUUAAGAAGGACCUGUCGGAGGGUCUGCGGGCCCAGGUGACCUGCAUGGUCGAGAAGGGCGAUCCGCCGUUCACGAUCAUCUGGUCGAAGGACGGCGAGCAGAUAUCCGCCUCCGGCACGGCGGCCGCCGCCGCCGCAACCAUUAACGAUCUCCGACAGCACUCGCAUACACCACCUGGGCUGCGCGUAACCAACAUUGACGCCCAUUCCAGCGCCAUAGUUAUCGAGCGCGUCACCGCCGCGCACACCGGCAACUAUACUUGCCUGGCGCGCAAUUCGGUGGCCGAGGUCCUCUGGACGGCCGAGUUGAUCGUUCGUGUGCCGCCACGGUGGGUGGUGGAGCCGCAGGACGCCCGUGCGUCGGAGGGAAUGCCCCGAUUGAGUUUGCAUUGUCACGCGGACGGGUUCCCGCCGCCGUUGGUCACAUGGCGGCGCGGCAGCGGCAAGAAACCCGGCAAUUAUCACGACAUAGCCAGCCACGAGCACAUGCAGGACCUGAGGAUACACUCCAACGGUUCGCUGGUGUUCGGCCGGGUCCAGGAAGAUCACGAGGGCUUCUACCUGUGCGAGGCUGUGAACGGUAUCGGAGCCGGGCUCAGUAAAGUCGUUUAUCUCACCGUUAACGUUCCCGCGCAUUUUGUGGAGAAGCAUCGCAAUCAGACCGCGAGGCUGGGCUCGAAUGCCUCGCUGCGCUGCGAGGCGAAGGGCGACCAUCCUUUGAAGAUAGUUUGGAAGAAAGCAGGCUCCCAAUUGGACCCUAAACUUCCCGACUAUCGUUACACUCUGAAGGAGGACAACACCACCGACGGCGCCGUCAGCGUUCUCGGUUUCGUCAGCACCAGCCGCGAGGACAGCGGCAGGUACUUUUGUAUCGCGUCCAACGCUUACGGCCGCGACGAGAUGACGAUUCAUCUUUAUAUUCAAGAGCCUCCAGACUUCCCACGAAAUCUUCAUGUGAUCGAGAAAGGCAGUCGUCACAUUAAUCUGGGCUGGACGACCAGUCAAGACGGGAACAGUCCAAUCACCCAGUAUAUAAUCGAGUACAAAACUGAAUCAGAAGUAUGGCACGACCACACGUUCCACACGACGGUACCGGGGACACGUGCUCGCGGCCACGUGAGCGGUUUGCGUCCUGCGGUCACUUACCAGUUCCGGAUGUACGCGGACAACGAACUGGGUCGGAGUCAAGCGAGCGACAUUUUAGAGACGACGACUGAGGGAGAGAAACCGGGCGGUCCGCCGCGAAAUCUCAAGGUAGACCCCAUCAGCUCGACCGAGUUCAACGUCACCUGGGAUCCGCCCGAUCAUGAUUUAUGGAACGGCGAGAUACUCGGUUAUCAUGUCGGCUACAAGGAACACAGGUUGGGGGCGGAGCAGUACACGUAUAAAACCGUGGAAAGACGGAUCUCGACGGCGAGCGUCGCCCUGGGUUUGGCAAGAACGUCCAUGCCCGGACGCCAGCAUCACUUGACGAACCUGAAGAAGUUCACGCGUUACAGCGUUGUCGUUCAAGCGUUCAACGCCCUCGGACCCGGUCCCAUGACGCAGGAAGUUGUGGCAUCGACACUCGAGGACGUUCCAAGCAGUCCUCCUCAGGAUGUACGUUGCACCGCGCUCUCGUCGAUGUCCUUGCAAGUCUCCUGGGAAUCUCCGCCCGACUCCAGCCUGAACGGGAUCCUGAAGGGUUACAAGGUCAUGUGGGAGAACACGGACGCGCUGACGGAGUCCGUCAAGCCGGAGAUGAAGAUCACCACCGCGCUGACGGUGGUGCUCCACAGCCUGGAGAAGUACACCAAUUACUCGAUCCAAGUCCUGGCGUACACGAGAACCGGCGACGGGGUCUCCUCGUCGCCCCUCUACUGCGUGACCGAGGAGGACCUGCCGGAGAUGCCGGCCGCGGUCAAGGCGGUUGUCAGUUCGGCCACGUCCAUCAUCGUCUCUUGGCUGCCGCCCCUGAAGAGCAACGGCAACAUCACCUCCUACAACGUGCACGUUCGCGGAUUGGGACCGGAAGGCAAGUGGCACAGGAAAGCCCUGCAGCCGUAUCAGACCAGCUACCACGCCGAGGACCUGCACAAGAGGACCCAGUACGAGUUCACGAUCGCGGCGGUCACCUCGGUCGGCGAGGGCCCGCAAACCCCGUCCAUCAUGCUCUCACCUUCCAGUGAAGUUCGCGCCGCCAUAUAUUCGUUCGGCACCACGCUUAUCGUACCGUGGAAACAAGAUGUGACGCUGCCCUGUCAAAGCGUGGGUAAGCCCGAGCCUUCGGUUAUCUGGAAGCAAUGGGGUCAGAUAGUCAAGUCAUCUGCGAGAGUGUCCCUCCGUCCUGAUGGAUCCUUGCAGAUCAGUGAGCUUCAUAGGGAGGAUAGCGGAAAUUAUACUUGCUUCGUGGAGAAUCGCCACGGCUCCGAUCAAAUAACUCAUCGUUUAACCGUGCAAGUUCCACCUGCGGCGCCGUUAUUACACGCGACCAGUACCAGCAGCAAUUCCAUCAACGUGCAGUGGAAAAACGGUGACGACGGCGGUUCGCCGAUUCGCGGCUACAUCUUGCACUACAAACGCGAGUCCGGCGAGUGGGAGGAGUUCAAGGUGUCGCACAAAGUGAGCAGCUUCGUUCUGUCGCGGCUCUGGUGCGGCAACGACUACCAGAUGUACCUGACGGCGUACAAUCGCAUCGGCAUGGGCAGACCCAGCGAGAUCGUCAAGGCGACGACGAAGGGCUCAAAACCGGACGACUCGCCCGGAACUGGCGACAAGUUCGUCACGGUCAACGUUUCGUGGAUCACUCUGCAUCUCAGCACGUGGAACGACGGAGGGUGUCCCAUAACUUUCUUCGAGCUGGAGUACAGGAAGAGCGGCGAGGGCAUCUGGACCCUGAUCUCGAAUAAUAUAGAGGUGCAAAAGACAUAUACUCUCAGUGAGCUACAACCGGGGACCACUUACGACAUCCGCAUAAGGGCCCACAACAAUGCCGGCUCGUCAGUAGCCGAGUACAAGAUAACGACGUUGCAGCCACACAUUAGCACGACCAUGUCCGCCAUCGAGAUCGAUCAUUACAUUCCCCAGCACACCUCUGUGUAUUCGGAUCUGAAGCUCAUCGUACCUUUGGUGCUAAGUUCAUUCGCGGUCAUCGCCGCAGCCGGAGCUGUCUUCUACUGCUUCCGCAAACGUCCGUUUAUGGGCGACAUCGGGAGCCUGCAUGACGCGCAAACCGCGGCCGCCCUAGACAAUAAGCAGAACAUGGAGCAGCGCGAGCAGUAUUACGCUACCGUGCGUAAGCCGCUACGCUCGCCGAUCCACGAGAUGGGCACGCUCGAGAAAAUACCAGAAUAUUCGGAAGAUAUCUACCCGUACGCCACGUUCCAGCUGGAGGAAAGCGUUCCUGCAGGAGGCGACAGCCGCUGCAAUUCUGCCGCGCCACUUCAGACCUUUGUCUAUCACGACCCUCGUCUCUCCACUGCCGAUACCCUUCAGUUACGAGAGUCGGAUUGCAACCGGUACACUAAGGUGCGCGGAGGCCGUUCGUCCUCUGCGCCGUUGCACAAAGCGCACAAGGUCAGUCAGGGCAAGUCCGAGUCGGAGGAGUACGACACCCUGGGCUCGGACAGCGACACGGAAGUCGGGACCAGCAGCCGAACCGAGUCUUCCAAUCACCUCGUCGAUUCGCACCACUCGGCAUCUGCGGCCGACUCGCGCGUCCACAACUUCCUGUACCAUGGACCAGAAUCUAGCACGUCUACAGAACCCUCACCGAUUUUUGAGAGAAAAUCGUUUCCUGGAAGGGGAAGACCCAAGAUGUUACAGCUGGCGCGUCAUACCAGCGAGGAGGCCCGUGCCCACUUCGGGCCAAUCUCCGGGCCUGGCCAUCCCAAGCACCAGUCGGGCAAUCCCUGUGCCAAUCGGGACCAGGAGCGUGACGGAUCAGGAAACCUGUUCGUCCCCAAGCUGGACCCACCCUCGGGGUUCUCCGACGCGUUUGAGCUAAGCGAGGCCGAGUGCGACUUCGAUCGCGGUCACAACAGUCAACGAAACGUCCGUGACUUCGUAAUCGCGGUGUAAAUAGCGUGUAAAAGCCUCCGACGCGUACGCGGGAACCCCUUGCCGUAAGGUAAAAGAGAAGAGAGGAGAGUUAAAAAAAAAAGUAAAUAGCGAGAGAAUAAAGAGGAGAGUAUAAAAGUAAGGGAAAAAAAAUUGCGCGAGAAUUUAUGUAAGCCGCGGUCCGUCGUUUCGUUAAUGCGAAUUGGCGCCUCGCGUCCGAUCGCCAGCCACUCAAGUGAUAUUAUAUAAUUCCACGUACUCUCUCCUUCGUCUUACGCCCCGGCCUACGUCGACGAGAACGCGUCCGUCAGCUCGACCACCGUGCUCCGUAAACUGCCACCCGCCGUUUCCCGGCGAGAUCGGUCCGACACGUCAAGAUUAUUUCUCGGCUUAACUAUAUUAGGGCUUAAAACGAUUUAGGCGAACGAUCGCGAACGCGCCGCGAUUGAUCGUAUAAACAAAGUUAAGUUUAACGAGAGACAGAGAAUCUAUGAAUCAGAGAAUAAGCUGCCGUUUAUUGGUUCCUCUCCGGAUGGAACCGCCAAGUUUUACGCAUCGCGUCGCUCGGGCGUGCUCGUGCGAGCGCUCGAGCGGAGCGGGUCGAGCUCUACGUUGUUGUCUGUUCUAUAUUCGUGGCGGAAAAAAAAGCAAGUGGAACGCCGGACGAGCGUUUCGACGACGACCAUCCGUAUAAACUGCCACGUUUUAUUCCACACGCUCCGUGUAAUAAUCCUAAUUAGUUAAAUUGGCGGUGCUAUACGCGCGAUCCGCAUCCACCUCGGAUUUCUUCUUUCCACGCGACGAUCUCUGUACGCGGGUAUAUCUGCCUCCGAAAGCACGUGAACCGCACGUACGCCUUCCCCUCUCCCUCCCUCCCCGCAUACAGUCUUCUAAUUGUUACGAUGAAAAUACGACGCGAACGCGCGACGACUGCAAUUAAACUGUAAAAGUCUAACGGUAACUGCCAUCUUACUCUAUUAUGAAGCGACCAACGCGACCGCGAAGAAACUUACGAUCGAUCGAGACCGCCCCGCGAAUCGUUCUCCGACAAUUGCACGUGUCUCUCUCUCCCUCUUGGCGCGAGACACCUGCACAUGCAUAUCGAAGCGAGCAAUAUGCGAACCUCCGAAAAUGUUCCCCUUGUCUUCCAGUCAUUCUCAUCGAUCGAGCAUUCAUCGCGCUAUAAUCGAAACGCUACCAUCUUCCGCUUCUCCACAAAGAACGUUAUACCGUCUAAGUAAAGAGAAAGUAUAACGUGACCAUUCGUCGUUGCCGUCAGUGUCGUUUUAACUUAUUCUCGAGAGACUGAAAGAAGCAUCGUAGAUUUAGGUUUACACUCGACGUCUGUCGCAAGGCAAGCUCAUAUAUAUAUAAGUCUCUGCGGUUCGUGCGAGAAAAUUUAACGAUGCCAGUGAAGAAAGAACACCGUCGAACACACAGAGUGCCGCGAAAGGAACGUCGAAUGCGAGCGGAUGCCGAGCGUAAACCUAGUUUUAGUAGACGAAUUACCACGUAGCGUAAACGUAACGGCCGAACGUAAUGUCUGUAAACUGUCUAUUACUACUGUACCCGUUGUACACCUCGCUCAUCACAAACUGCCGCGUACAUCACCCGCCAUCCGAGACCCAGCCCCUCUUCCCGACGGAUGAAAGAAGAUAGAGAGUAGGAGGAGAUAGAAGAAAACGUAAAGGUGAUGCCAGUCUGCGUUGAUUAACGAUCGACGGACCCCGAAGAUGAUGGCGGUGAUGAUGAUGACCUGAGAAAUUAUUGAGAUACACGAGAACAGUACUGUUUCGCGAAUGUCAUCGCAACCUUGAUACCACGUGUUGCCAUCGUGCCGAAACGUCACUCGUUGGCUGGUUGGGUUACCGUUCACACUCGGUCGGGUGACGAUGAUUUUUCGGUCGGCCAGUUUAAAUUCCCCCAUGUCCCCUGUCUCGCCCCCCCUCCCCAUGUGCCCCGCCCCCUGUUAUUUCAGCCCUCGAGUCAUUCGCGCGAGGUGGAGGAAAGCGAAAAAGGAGUCGCCCUGUUGAUAUAUCGUCUAUCUUUACGACACACGAAAUGAUUUACCACGAAAUUCGUACUAUUGUGUUUUAGACGACUUUAGAUUGUUUAUAUUCUAUUUACUUUGUAAAAUA